AUGAAAUGCCUCUGCCCUCUCAUUUCCCUUCACUUCCCGCCAAACGCCGUAGUCUCGCACUCUUCUUCCUCUUCCCCGCCUCAAUUGUCCAUCGUUAAGCCGUCGCUCAGGUAUCAAUUGAGCUCCAAAAAUGGCCGCCGAGCUCUUGGGUUCAGAAACAGAAUCGGAAUUAGUGCAGCUGCCGAGUCUACAUCGGUUUCUACGUCGGCCAACUCAGUGGAAGAAGAGGAGGAAGCGGUUCAGGUGUUCGAGAGGUUGAGGGAGGCGGAGAGGGAGAGGAUAAAUGAGCUGGAGGAAUUGGAGAGGAAAUCGAAUUUGCAGCUGGAAAGGCAGCUAGUCAUGGCUUCCGAAUGGAGCAGGACGUUACUGACGAUGCGAGGGAAGUUGAGAGGGACGGAAUGGGAUCCGGAGAACUCUCACAAGAUCGAGUUCAGCGAGUUCCUGAGGCUUCUCAAUUCGAACAAUGUUCAGUUCAUGGAGUACUCCAAUUAUGGCCAGACUGUUUCAGUUAUUCUUCCAUAUUAUAAAGAUGAUAAAAAUGAAGCGGGAAAACGGGACCCAAAGAAGAUCGUAUAUAGGCGUCAUGUGGUAGAUCGCAUGCCAAUUGACUGUUGGAAUGAUGUUUGGCAGAAAUUGCACCAGCAGAUUGUAAAUAUUGAUGUACUUAACGUGAACACAGUUCACGCAGAGGUCUACUCUAGUGUUGCAACUGCUGUCAUCUGGUCCAUGCGGCUUGCUCUUUCAAUUGCAGUAUAUGUUUGGGUUGAUAAUUGGGCUAGACCAAUUUAUGCAAAGUUAAUACCUUGUGACUUGGGAAAGCCACCCACAACGACGAGGCAGCCACUCAAACGCCGGGCGCUUGGUUCACUAGGCAAGAGUAGGGCAAAGUUUAUAUCAGCUGAAGAAACUACAGGCAUUACUUUCGAUGAUUUUGCUGGGCAGGAAUACAUUAAGAGAGAACUGCAAGAGAUAGUACGGAUUCUGAAAAAUGAUGAAGAAUUUCAAGAUAAGGGUAUAUAUUGUCCAAAAGGUGUCCUUCUCCACGGUCCUCCUGGUACUGGUAAAACACUGCUUGCAAAAGCUAUUGCUGGUGAAGCAGGCCUACCUUUCUUUGCUGCCAAUGGUACCGAUUUUGUGGAGAUGUUUGUAGGUGUGGCAGCAUCCCGUGUCAAGGAUCUCUUUGCCAGUGCCCGAUCAUUCGCUCCUUCCAUAAUCUUUAUUGACGAGAUUGAUGCUAUUGGCAGCAAGCGUGGUGGCCCUGAUAUUGGAGGGGGUGGUGCAGAGAGGGAACAAGGCCUGCUUCAGAUACUGACAGAAAUGGAUGGAUUUAAGGAAUUUACAUCACAGGUGUUAGUUAUUGGUGCAACAAAUAGGCUUGACAUACUUGAUCCUGCUCUACUGAGAAAAGGUCGCUUUGAUAAGAUCAUAAGAGUUGGUUUGCCAUCAAAAGAUGGUAGAUUAGCUAUACUUAAGGUGCAUGCAAGAAACAAAUUCUUCAAAUCAGAGGCAGAAAAGGACACUCUCCUACAGGAGAUUGCAGAACUCGCGGAAGCUUUUACAGGGGCAGAGCUUCAGAAUAUACUGAAUGAAGCUGGGAUUUUGACUGCUAGGAAAGAUAAAGACUAUAUCGGACGCGAAGAACUAAUUGAGGCUCUGAAAAGGCAAAUGGGUACAUUUGAAACUGGCCAAGAAGACAGUACUGAAGUUCCUGAAGAAUUAAGAUUAAGAUUGGCUUACCGUGAAGCAGCUGUUGCAGUACUUGCAUGCUUCUUCCCUAAUCCCUAUCGUCCUUUCACAGAGACACAUAUACAUUCUAUCCGUGACCGGCCAAAUAUGCAAUAUGAAGAAACUGCUGGCAGGGUAUUUGCCAAAAAAGCUGAUUAUAUAAAUGAUAUAGUGCGUGCAUGUGCACCUAGGGUAAUCGAGGAGGAAAUGUUUGGUGUAAACAACCUUUGUUGGAUCUCUGCAAAGGCUUCAUUAGAUGCUUCAAGGCGUGCUGAACGUUUGAUUCUCCAGACUGGAAUGACAGCAUUUGGGAAAGCGUACUACAGAAAUCAUAGUGAUCUUGUGCCCAACCUUGCAGCCAAACUUGAAGCACUUCGUGACGAGUACAUGCGUUAUGCUUACGAUAUGUGUUAUUCUGUGCUGAGAGAAUACCAUUCAGCUGUGGAGACCAUUACAGAUAUUUUACUUGAGAAAGGAGAGAUGAAAGCUGCUGAAAUCUGGAACGUGUACAAAAGUGCUCCAAGAAUCCCUCAGCCUAAGGUGAAUCCCAUUGAUGAACACGGAGCCCUCCUUUACGCUGGCCGAUGGGGGCUUCACGGCAUCAGUCUUCCUGGUAGGGUCACAUUUGCCCCAGGCAAUGUCGGGUUUGCAACAUUUGGCGCUCCCCGGCCCACUGAGACCCAAGUCAUCAGCGAUGAAACAUGGAAGCUAAUGGAUCAUAUUUGGGAUGAAAGAGUUGAGGAAAUAAAAUCCGAAGCUUCGGAGGAGGUUGAAGAAGAGAAAGAGAAACCACAACUUUUGAUGGCCAGUCAUUUCCUCUGA